AGGGUGACUGUCACGUGUGAUUUGGAGGGUAAUUCUUGUUUUUGACUUUUUGUGUGGUUUUUUUUUCUUUAGCUUUUCUGGAGUAGAUAUGGCUUUAGCAAAGCCAAAGAGUGAGAUGUCAGAGGAGGAGUUACAGAAGAAGGAGGAAGAGGAGUUUAACACUGGUCCUCUAUCACUUUUAACACAGUCCGUGAAGUACAACACACAGGUUCUUAUUAAUUGUCGUAACAAUCGGAAACUCCUUGCAAGAGUGAAGGCUUUUGACCGUCAUUUCAACAUGGUUCUCGAGAAUGUGAAGGAAAUGUGGACCGAGACACCAAAGACUGGGAAAGGAAAGAAGAAAGCUCGCCCUGUCAAUAAGGACAGGUUCAUUGCAAAGAUGUUCAUUAGAGGAGACUCGGUCAUUCUUGUGUUACGUAAUCCUGGAGUUGUUGCUGCUAAGACAUAGUAGCUUCCUACUGCUCCCUCUUCCUGACACUUAGCAUUUAACUAUUAAUCUCUUUUUAACUUGAUUUAUCCAAUCAUUAUGAAUUAUC